CAUUUUCCACUCUCUAUUCUCUCUCCCUCUCUCUAUCUCUCUCUCCCUCUCUCUCUACAUCUCCGUUUAUAGCAGAGGAAAAGCUCCGAAGCUUUAGCCCAAAAAUGGCGGCUUUUUAGGGAGAUUGAAUCAUUCAUCGGUUGGCUUUUUGUUUGAUUUGUGAAUUAUUUACUGUUUAAUUUCCCGCAAUUUGUAAAUUGCAACACCUCCUACAAUGCCUGGAAUUAUAAUGGAUGAAAUUGUGAGAGAAGACGGAUCGAAUGAUGCGAAUUCGUCGCAAAUUAAAGAGAAUUUGUCGACCCCCAAAUCUCCGAGGGCUUCUUCGCCGAGCCAACUGAGUGCUCCGAUAGGCGCUCUCGAAAUCCGCGGUGGAAAUUUUGGGGAGCCGUCGAUCGAACAGCUUUACCACAAUGUGUGUGAGAUGGAGAGCUCCACCGAGGACUCCGGUCGCCCGAGCUUCGGAUCGGACGGCGAGGAAUCGAGGAUCGAUUCCGAGCUAUGCCACCUCGUCGGUGGCGAAAUGGAAGCUGUUAAAGCAAUCGAGGACGAAGAAGAGCGAGCUUCCCCGAGUGGGAAUAUGGUUAAGACCGAAUCCCCCGCCGAGUCUUUGAAUUCGUCGAAGAAGUCGAAAAAUCCUUCGAAAGCACAACUAGAAUCUUCUCCGGCCGUGAAUUCGAGCCCGAAUGAUAACAGCGUGAAGAAGACUCCUAGUAGAUUCGGUCGCUUGAAGAAGCAAGCAAACGGAGGCGAAGACCCAUCCGAAGCCGGACUCGGACUCGACAACCCUGACCUCGGCCCGUUUCUUCUCAAGCGCUCGAGGGAUUUGAUCGCCUCGGAUAACAUCCGAAGGGCUUUGAAAUACGCUCGCCGUGCAUUGAAAUCGUUCGAGAAGUGCUCGGACGGGAAGCCCAAUUUGAACUUGGUGAGGUGCUUACAUGUCUUAGCCGCAAUUAACUGCAACUUAGGGCAGUAUGGUGAAGCCGUCCCGCUUCUUCUACGUUCGCUUGAGAUUCCAGUUCUCGAAGAAGGCCCAGAGCAUGCCCUAGCUAAGUUUUCGGGCUAUAUGCAGUUAGGUGAUACUUAUGCAAUGUUAGGGCAACUUGAAUCUUCGAUAAAGUGCUACAAUGAGGGCUUACAAGUUCAGAAGCAAACGUUGGGUGAUACGGAUCCUAGGGUCGGUGAAACUUGUAGAUAUUUAGCGGAAGCUUAUGUACAAGCGCUUCAAUUCGACGAAGCACGGAGACUGUGCCAAAUGGCUUUAGACAUUCACAAGGAGAGCGGCGAACCGGCUUCUCUCGAAGAAACGGCCGAUCGACGGCUUAUGGGCCUUAUUUGCGAUACCAAGGGCGAUCACGAAGAAGCGCUCGAGCAUUUAGUUUUGGCUAGCAUGGCCAUGGUGGCCAAUGGCCAAGAAUCCGAGGUGGCUUCUGUCGACAGCAGCAUUGGAGACAUUUAUCUAUCCUUAGCUCGGUACGACGAAGCCGUUUUCGCUUACCAAAAAGCGCUUACGGUGUUCAAAACCAGCAAAGGGGAGAACCAUCCUGCCGUGGCUUCUGUGUUUGUUCGUUUGGCCGAUUUGUACAAUAAAAUCGGGAAGAUAAGGGAAUCGAAGUCUUAUUGCGAGAAUGCGCUUAGAAUAUAUCAAAAGCCGAUUCCAGGGACAUCUCCUGAGGAAAUUGCUACUGGGUUAACUGAUAUUUCUGCUAUAUACGAAUCGAUGAAUGAGCACGAGCAAGCAUUAAAGCUGCUUCAAAAAGCGCUAAAGUCGUAUAACAAUUCGGCUGGUCACCAAAGCACGAUCGCUGGGAUCGAGGCCCAGAUGGGAGUUUUGUAUUAUAUCACGGGGAAUUACGGGGAGUCUUAUGUGUCCUUCAAGAGUGCUAUUAGUAAGCUUAGGGCUUGUGGGGAGAAGAAAUCGGCUUUUUUCGGUGUUGCUUUGAAUCAGAUGGGGCUAGCUUGUGUUCAAAGGUAUGCUAUUAAUGAGGCGGCGGAGCUUUUCGAAGAAGCCAGAAGCAUUUUGGAGCAGGAGUACGGACCAUAUCAUCCUGAUACACUUGGAGUGUACAGCAAUCUUGCGGGAACGUAUGAUGCCAUGGGAAGCUUUAUGGAAUGUCUCCUUUGCUAUCUCUUAUAUAGGUUGGAUGAGGCCAUAGAGAUGCUGGAGUAUGUGGUGGGGAUGAGGGAGGAGAAGCUGGGGACAGCCAACCCAGAUGUGGCUGAUGAGAAGAGGAGGUUGGCUGAGCUGUUGAAGGAAGCUGGAAGGGCCAGAAGCAGAAAAGCCAGGUCACUUGAGAACCUCCUGGAGACCAACCACCCCCCUACUAUUACUGCUACUGCUGCAGCUACAACAAACACAAAUGCCAUUGUGGCUUAAUAAUAUAAUAAUAAUAAUUCUCUUUAAAUCAAAGUGUGAUGAAGGUAGAGAGGAGGAUGGUAUUAGAAGGGUUCAAUGAUUAAUAUAUAACAUAAUGAUUGAUAGUUGAUUGGUUGCAUUGUAUACUUUAUUGCUCUUUUAAAGGGAUUUGUUCUUUUGGUUAAUUUCUAUUGCUUAGAAUAUUUGCGAUAUAUAUUUUUUUUAGAGAA